AUGGUAAAAAUUUCUGCUAGCGCUCUUUUAAGCUAUCCUAUUUAUUUUCAAGGAUAUUUGACCCAAAUUUCUUUCGAAAUCUGCUUUCUCUAUUUCAUUUGAGUUUAUAUCAUAUCAUUUCUUUCUUAUUUUUACUUCUCAUCUUCAGAUCUAUCAUGCUCUCCACAACUCCUAUGACUUCGAUGACCCCAAAACUCUAUGAACCUGCUGCUUUUCCUCUCACUUACCAUCUUCUGAAGCGAACAAAACCAUAUGAAAAAUUGGGCGAAAACCCACCUUCCCUGGGCAUUUUUAUGAAAAAAAAUUCGAUAUAUAAGUGAUAAUAACUAUAAUGAAAUCUCUUGUUAAUUAUGUUUAAUUUUUAAACAGCUUGCAUUUAUAAACAUAAAUUUUACAAAUUUAAUAUAUAUUUGCUGUCCAAUUUUUAAUUGGGAUUUUUUUAAUUUCGAAAAAAAAUUGACUAAAAAAAAAUUAAAUCCCUCCUUGAUCGAGCAAAAAUUUUUGUGUUCACUCACGGGGGAGAGUCAGCGAUUGGCUCACUGCUUCUUGCUCACUAGUCCAAAAUGGUUUCGGAAAAAAUCAACCCAACGAGUCUCCUUCAAAACAUUUAAAAUCCAUUUUCCUAAAACUCCAUGUUAUGUAUAUAAUUUACGAUAAGGAAAUAGGCACAAAUUAA